AUGGUUGAAAAAGAUCGAUCAAAUAUGGCUAUUGCCAUAGUCUAUAUGACAUUGGAAUUUGACUUUACCUCAACAAUUCAAGGUGUUAUACUAUCAUCAUUUUUUGUGGGUUACUUGACAACACAAACUUUAGGUGGUGCACUUGCCGAUAAAUAUGGUGGAAAAUGGGUAUUGGCGACUUCUGCCGCAUUAUGGACAUUAUUUACUUUUCUUACACCAUUUGCUGCUCAGGCUGGUUUAGGUUAUCUUUUAUUAUGUCGAAUACUUUUGGGUAUUGGUGAAGGUGCUAGUUUUCCGACUGUAAACUCCUUAAUUGCUUCAUGGUUUCCAACGGAAGAAAGUAGUAAAGCAGUUUCAGCUAUUAUAUCCGCUGCUUAUAUAGGAAUUGUGGUUGCCCUACCGAUAUCAACUUGGUUAGGAUCUGGCUCUUAUGGAUGGCCAAGUAUUUUUUGGACGUUUGGAAUGGCUGGAUUCGUUUGGUCUAUACUAUGGCAAAUUUAUGGUAAAAGUAGUCCAAAUGAAUAUCCAGGAAUAAGUCAAGAAGAGUUGGAUUUAAUUAUAAAAAGCAAGAAAAAAAAAAAUAAACAUCACAAAAAUUUAAGUUAUCAUAGAAUUGAAUCUGGUGAAAUUGUUAUUGAAUCGUCAACAAGUGAGAAUGAUAAUGCAACUUCUGACGUUCCAUUAACAUCAAAUUCUGUAAUCGAGGAAAAUAAUGAUAUUGAAGCCGAGGUUGAUGCAUUAUUAUCAGAGAAAUCAACAAAUGAGAAUGAUAAUGUAACUACUGAUGUUUCAUUAACAUCAAACUCUGUAAUCGAAGUAAAUAAUGAUCUUGAUGCCGAGGUUGAUGAUGUACUAUUACCGAAGAAUUUAAUAUUAUCAAAUCCAAAAGAAGUUCCAUGGAAAUUCCUUCUUUCUCGUCGUGAA